AUGAAUCUUACGGUGAAACAAGGACAGACUGUUGCACUCGUGGGUGUCAGCGGAUGCGGGAAAAGCACUAUUGUUCAGCUAUUCGAACGGUACUAUGAUACUCAGAGCGGUGAAGUG